AUGAAGCUCGCCGCCAUCCUCCUCCUGUCUAUUGCUGGCGCGAUGGCAGCUCCUAUUGAGGAUCGCGACUUUUGGAACGGCGCUCAGAAGUGGAAGCGAGACGACGCUGACGCGGAGAAGCGUGACUUCUGGAAUGGUGCUCAGAAGUGGAAGCGGGAGGACGCGGAGGAACGGGACUUCUGGAACGGCGCCCAGAAGUGGAAGCGAGAGCCCGACGAGGAGGAGCGUGACUUUUGGAACGGCGCCCAGAAGUGGAAGCGUGCCGACUCGCAUGGCUCUCAGUAG